AUAUAAAUAUAAAGUCUUCUUAUUAUUAUCCUCUUAUAAAACACUGCUUCAUGUUCCCUUCUUUUUCAUUCUCGUAUUCUCUGCAGAAGCACACAAGAGUGCAUGAAACAACUUCAACAAUUGCUUCACUUUGAAAAUUUUGAUCCAUGGCUGCAGAUUCAAACUCAAACCUCAGAAUCACCAUUGAAAGAAACCCUCCACAGUCACGCCUAGCUGAGUUGAAUAUCAAGUGCUGGCCCAAGUGGGGUUGUUCUCCAGGGAAGUACCAGUUGAAAUUUGAUGCAGAAGAGACAUGCUACUUGGUGAAAGGAAAGGUGAAAGCUUUCGUAAAAGGGUCAUCAGAGUUUGUGGAGUUUGGAGCAGGGGACCUUGUCACCAUUCCAAAAGGACUCAGUUGCACUUGGGAUGUGUCUGCUGCAGUGGAUAAUUUCCUUCGUUUGAAGUGGAAUAUAGGAGGAGUCCAGGACAUGUAGAUAAGUACAGGGUUUUUAGAUAUUGUAUUUACGGAAAAAGACUUGCACAUGGGCCUUUAUAAUGGCUACAUCCUUUUCCUUCAAUUCUUUCUUGUUUUUUUAAAGGGCGAGUAUCUUUUGUUUCAGCAGUUUAGCAACCAUGUAUUUGGAUUUUUGCAUUUAGACGUUCUAUCUUGUUGUACUCCCCAAAGCAGGGACCAAAUUUAUAAUGGAUACGAGUUGAAAUUUGAAAA